UUUGGGGUGAGGGGGCGGAACCACAGCAGCGGCUUUAACCACGGGCUUUGCUGAUUGGCUAGGAGCGAGCAGCUGCCCGUCACGUGACCCACGGCGCUUUUGUUUGCGGAAGUAGAAGUGCUGAGUAAGUCUGAGGUCCCUCCAGGCCCAGAGUUGUGUCCAGGUGCUGGUACAGUGGGCCCAGCUGCCCAGAGGCUCGGUUUUCUUCCAGACCGAGGGGGUGGCAGCAGGCCCCUGUCUACCCCGCAGAAGAUGCAGUUCUUUGGCCGCCUGGUCAACACGCUCAGCAGCGUCUCCACCCUGUUCUCCAGCCCAUUCCGGGUGAAGGAGGUAACACUGUCUGACUACACCACCAACGUGCGUGUCCGAGAGGAAGGGCAGCUGAUUCUGUUUCAGAACAUGCCUAGUCGUACCUGGGACUGUGUUCUUGUCAACCCCAGGAACUCGCAGAGCGGCUUCCGGCUCUUCCAGCUGGAGACGGAGGCUGAAGCGCUGGUGAACUUCCAGCAGUUUUCUUCCCAGCUGCCGCCUUUCUACGAGAGCUCUGCCCACGUGCUGCACAUUGAGAUCCUGCAGAGCCUCACCGACCUCAUCCGCAGCCACCCCAGCUGGUCGGUGGCCCACCUGGCGGUGGAGCUGGGUAUCCGAGAGUGCUUCCAUCACAGCCGCAUCAUCAGCUGUGCCAACAGCACGGAGAGCGAGGAGGGCUGCACACCCCUGCACCUGGCCUGCCGAAAGGGUGAUGGGGAGAUCCUGGUGGAGCUGGUGCACUACUGCCACGCCCAGAUGGACGUCACCGACAACAAUGGAGAGACCGCCUUCCACUAUGCCGUGCAGGGGGACAACGCCCAGGUGCUGCAGCUCCUAGGGAAGAACGCGUCGUCGGCCGGCCUGAACCAGGUGAACAACCAGGGCCAGACGCCGCUGCACCUGGCCUGCCAGAUGGGGAAGCAGGAGAUGGUCCGUGUGCUGCUGCUGUGCAAUGCCCGCUGCAACAUCAUGGGGCCUGGUGGCUACCCCAUCCACACAGCCAUGAAGUACUCCCAGAAGGGCUGUGCUGAGAUGAUCAUCAGCAUGGACAGCAACCAGAUCCACAGCAAGGACCCACGCUACGGAGCCAGCCCGCUCCACUGGGCCAAGACCGGUGAGAUGGCCCGUCUGCUGCUGAAGCGGGGCUGCGACGUGAACAGCACCAGCGCCGCAGGGAACACAGCCCUGCACGUGGCAGUGAUGCGCAACCGCUUUGAAUGCGUCAUGAUGCUGCUGACCCACGGGGCCAACGCUGAUGCCCGAGGGGAGAAUGGCAACACCCCCCUGCACCUGGCCAUGUCGAAAGACAACGUGGAAAUGGUCAAGGCCCUCAUAGUGUUUGGAGCAGAAGUGGACACACCAAAUGACUAUGGGGAAACACCUGUGUUAAUAGCUUCCAAGAUCAGCAAACUGGUCACCAGGAAGACGCUCUUAAUGCUGCUGAAAACCGUGGGGGCCGACUACAACUUUCUGCCCACCCAAGGGCUACCCCAGGAUCAGGGCUCUGACACAGUUCAUCACCCCUUCUCCCAGGAAAGGCCUCCCCGGCCCCUACCGAUCAGCUUGAACAACCUAGAGCUGCAGGACAUCGUGCACAUCUCCCGGGCCCGGAAGCCAGCCUUCAUCCUGAGCUCCAUGAGGGAUGAGAACCGGACCCAUGACCACCUGCUGUGCCUGGAUGGUGGGGGUGUGAAAGGCCUCAUCAUCAUCCAGCUCCUCAUCGCCAUCGAGAAGGCCUCAGGCGUUGCUACCAAGGACCUCUUCGAUUGGGUGGCAGGGACCAGCACAGGGGGUAUCCUGGCCCUGGCCAUUCUGCACAGCAAGUCUAUGGCCUACAUGCGCGGCGUCUACUUCCGCAUGAAGGACGAGGUGUUCCGGGGCUCGAGGCCCUACGAGUCGGGGCCCCUGGAGGAGUUCCUGAAGCGGGAGUUUGGGGAGCACACCAAGAUGACUGACGUGAAAAAGCCCAAGGUGAUGCUGACGGGGACGCUGUCUGACAGGCAGCCAGCUGAGCUCCACCUGUUCCGGAACUACGAGGCUCCUGAGAUGAUCCGGGAACCUCGCUUCAGCCAGAAUAUUAACCUGAAGCCUCCAACUCAACCCUCAGACCAGCUGGUGUGGCGGGCAGCCCGGAGCAGCGGCGCAGCCCCCACCUACUUCCGGCCCAAUGGACGCUUCCUGGACGGUGGACUACUGGCCAACAACCCCACGCUGGACGCCAUGACUGAGAUUCAUGAAUACAACCAGGACCUGAUCCGCAAGGGUCAGGGCAACAAGGUGAAGAAGCUCUCCAUUGUCGUCUCUCUGGGGACAGGGAGGUCCCCACAGGUGCCAGUGACCUGUGUGGACGUCUUCCGCCCCAGCAACCCCUGGGAACUGGCCAAGACUGUUUUUGGAGCCAAGGAGCUGGGCAAAAUGGUGGUGGACUGUUGCACAGACCCCGAUGGACGGGCUGUGGACCGGGCCCGGGCCUGGUGUGAGAUGGUGGACAUCCAGUACUUCAGACUGAACCCUCAGCUGGGGGUGGACAUCAUGCUGGACGAGGUCAGCAACAGCGUGCUGGUCAACGCCCUCUGGGAGACUGAGGUCUACAUCCAUGAGCACCGGGACGAGUUCCAGAAGCUUAUCCAACUGCUGCUGUCACCCUAAAGCCCCCGGGCACUCACCCCUCACCCCUCACCCCUGGGGAGGCUGUGUGAGAGCCAGCCAGGGAUGCUGGGUAGAGUUGGCUGGUAGCAGUGCCUAUGGAUGGGGUUCCUGCCCGCGGCUGGUCCUGGAGGCCCCAUCCCUCUGUCCCCAUCCCCAGCAGGGUUUGUCACUCAGGGCCUAGAGCCUCACUUGCGCCUUUGCCCUGAUGGCCAACAGUGUAAACACUAAGGUGCCAGGCUGCCUCUGCUUCUCAGGAGGGCCCUGGGCUCUAAAAAGGAAGUCCCCAUGUCUUAAUCAGCCCUCCCUUCUGCACUCUUCCCUGGAGGGACUGGCAUCACCCUGCCCAUCAGAGUAGAAGCCCAGAGUAGGUGCCCCAUUUGACUUUGCCCCUCGACACACACCCAGCCUUCUGCACCGCCUCCCCAAGCCACCCCACCCUAUAGCUCUUCUUCAUGUCAAAGAUGAUUACGAUGACUUAACUUAUUUUUUCCGGACAGGCUGGGGUAUGGUGAGGAUGGGUCCAGGAACUGCCUCAAACUGUGAAAUAAAGUGGGAUUCUGGUU